AUGCGCGCAACAUUCCUUCCCAUGCACAAUCUGACACGUGUCCACCUGUCACGGCUUGCCCCACCUAUUUUCUCUGCGCUUCUUCGUCCGACUCCAGAUUUUGGAGGCAAACCAUGGGCAUCCGCGGAAGAAUCUGGGCACUUCCUCUCUGCUGAUGGGCCUAUACCUGUCACACGGGACAUUUUACCUCCUGUUCUCGAGGAACGUCGCAAGCUAAACGCUCCAGUAAAGAGCAUCGAUAUUAAGCAAUGUUAUAUUUUGGAAGAGUGGGUGGAUGAGUUGAAAGACAAUGUGCCGACAGUGACCUGGGAUGGGAAGACGACGCCUGACGGCUAUGAUAACGACGAAAAUUUUGAUCGUGACACCGACGACGACGACGACGACGACGACGACGACGAUUGGUGA